AUGCCUCCCAGGAAAUCAAAGAGACGCCGGCGAACCAAUAAAAGAAGAAAUGCUUACGGUCACCUUAAUUUGGCCAAGAGGAAGAGUAUACCUCGGAUUUCGCCUCGGAAUAAUGCCAGCCCAUUUGAUCUUACCAGAAUUGGUGCCCAGGAUAUAGCAUUUACUGACAAUGUCCUGAACCAAUCAUAUAGAUACGAAGCAAUUUGUCCUUACUACAAACAUGAGCUUCCAAAAAGGUGCCACAGUCUUAAGGACUGGUCGGCUAGAAAACUUGUCGAAGCCCUUUUUUCGAACCAGAAUGAUGAAUUGAAACCGUGUGAAUCAAAUCGCUGGCUUUCGUAUUUGAUUGAUACAUGCCCGGUUUCGGACAGUUGGACUAUCUGGAAAAGGGUGUGGCAUUAUAUUCUUCUCUCAGAAAGAGAUACUCCUGCUGUGUUUAGCAUUUUUUACUCGAAGUUUGGCUCGAACUCAUCGUUUUAUUGUCAUCAUAUUCCCUCGUUAAGAGCACACAUAUCAGCACGAAGUACGAAUGAAGAUAGAACGUCAUAUAUCACAAUGAAUUGUCUAAGUCGCCGUCACCGCUUUGAAACUCUCUAUGCCAAUGUGCAUAUGCCUUCGCUUGUCAACGAUUUGAAUAGAUAUCGUUUGCUUGCACCUAACUAUUUGGUCCUGCUUAAUCUAAGCGGGAUCGAUCUGUCUAAGUCCUAUCAUUAUUUGACAAGUCUCUCUUCGCUCUGCUUCCUCAAUGUUUCUGGCUGCAAUAUUGAUAGCGCUUCGUUAAUGAGCAUCUUUAUGGCUAUGAAGGCCUCAAAGCUGCAAAAAUUGUCAUGCAUCGUUCUAAAUGAUAAUCCAGGUCUGGAUUAUUUCAAUGAAAAGACAGAGAUUCCAUCACAAAUUCAGUAUCUAGAGAUGAGUGCAAAUGGAGACGGUGGAAGUCAUGUCUCUUCGUUUAUAUCUAUUGCAAAUGCUGGCUUCGCGGGUCUUGCCGACUCGCUUAAGUUGCAAUAUUUGUUAAAACGCCAUCUCGUGCAAAUUCCUGGAUUGCAUGAACAAUUGUUGUUAGAUUAUAGACUAAUAGAUCAGAUGUACGACCCUACAGCAGAUAUAGCAGAUAAAUGUAUUAUUCCUUGGCUAAAGCGAUCCCAAGUGCAUCGGGUACGUGGGGUGAAAUCGUAUAUAAGGAAGUAUACAAAAAGAGCAAAACGCAGUACAGGUGCGUCUUCAUCAUCCUCUUCUCUAAAUGAUUCUGAAUCUCUCAAAAGGCGAAAGGUGACUCGAGUGAACUUUAAAAAGUUUUUCGAUAUGUAA